UGACAGAUAAUAUAUACAGAGAGAGAGUAGAGAGAGAGAGAAGAGCUAGAGAGAGAGAGAGAGAGGUUUUCGCCGUAAAUGGUGUUAGAAAGCAUUGCAAGAGCGAACCAGAGACUUUGAACAGUCGUUUAGGUCUUUUUGGAAUCACUUUUUGACUGUUGAAAAGUGAUUCUGAGUUCAUCUUUCUUCGCCUAUAUACAGAUAUAGAUAGAGAUGGAGAGUGAAGAGGUUAUGGUGGGUUUGAUAGAUGUGGGUAGUGUUGUCACUUCAAUUAGUGAUGGAUUAGAGCAAGAGGUCAGUAGUGUUAGAGAAAAUGAGAACUUGGGUGUUGACCUUUUGGAGGGUUUGGAUUCCUAUUUGGACGAUAUUAAUGACCGGUUGACUAUUUCGAGGAUGGUUAGUGACUCUGUUAUCAAGGGGAUGGUGAAAGCGGUUGAACGAGUGGCGGACGAGAAAAUUGCUGCCAAAGAAUUGGAGGUGGCCAGUCUGAAGGAGAGAUUGCAUUUUCACAAAUUGAGUGCUGAUGAAAGUGUGUCAUCAGGAUCCCCAAUGGCACACCGAGAGCAAAGAAGUUUGGAAAAUGGGUUGUAUUGUAGCUUUCCUGAUGCUGUAGUGGAGCAUGAUAAGAUGAGGGAAUCUUUAUGCAGCCUAAGAAGUGUGGCCAUGGACCAGAUUAAGAAGCUCAAGAAAGAUAUUGAUAGCAUAAGAGGGUGUAGUUCAAUGAGAAAGAUUGGUUCUGGUUCAGAAUUGGUGGGAUUGGGUGGAAUUCUUCCAAUGGAGGCAUCUGAAAGCUUGGUGGGUGUAGAUAAAAGACUCAAUACUCUGAAAACUACAGUGGAUACUAUCUGUACACAGGCAGAUGAUAUGGUUCACUUGGCUAAGGCAUCACUUUGUGAGUGUCAGCAGGAGCAGGAGUUUCAGAGGGAGGUUGAAACAAUGGUAAUACGGAGUUCAAUUAUGAGUAUCCACGACGAGUUUGAAGAUAAAUUACGGGAUCAAAAUGCUCAUCUUUGUGGCAGCCAAAGCAUGAACUGGCUUGAAAGGAUCAAUGAGGUUUCAAAUUUACGCAAGGAAUUAGAUGUGAUCUUGAAGUCACUAUCCAAUGCUGAAACUGGACAGUUAAUUUCUCAUGGAUCUCAUGACAUGGAUCAUUUUCACCACAAAGCUUUGAGCAAUCAUGUUUUGCCAUCAACUUCGAUUUUGGAUGGAAAUGGCAAACUUGAAGAGUCUAAAAAUGGUAUGCCUGAUAACUGGGAUGCUGCCCAAUUAAAGCAUAUGUCAAAGGAUGAAUUGGUGAAUUAUUUUAAUUCUAUGAUAACAAAGAUGAGGAGGAACCAUGAAUCUAAGGUACAAGAAUUGACUGAAGUUUAUUUCGGUCUUAAGCGGGAUUACUUAAAAAUGAAAGAGAAGGGAAAAAUAAAAGAGAAGGGAUCUUCUUUGCCACUUCAGAAGGAUACAGAUUUGGACAUAUUGAGGAAGAAGAUCCCCGAGGUCAUUUUGAAAUUGGAUGACAUCCUUGUGGAAAAUGAAAAAAUUGCUACAUUGAGCAACAAUGUCGAGUCUCUUGGCAACUUAAAGGAUAGGCUCAAUGGCCUUCUUUCAGAAAAUCGCCAACUCAAGGAGUCGCUUGCAUAUAAACGAAAGGAAGUGAAGUGUCUAUCAUCACAAGCUUCUGAUGCUUCUGACCGGAUGUCGCACCAUGCUUCGAAAGAAGCAAAUUUGCUAAAAUUGAUAAGUAAUCUUAAAGCUGAUGCGAAAGAUGCAGAGAUAGAAGCUUUGGUCUCUGAGGAGGUAUAUAAAUGUGUUCUGAGGGAGGUAACUGCCCAGAUCAACCGUGACACAGAAGAGUUAGCGUUGCAAUCUAUUGCCAUGCAAGAGGUCUAUGAAAUCAUUUAUAGAGAAGCUUCUCAAGAUGCUGAAGCUACCAGCAAGAGUGAAAUUGGAGAUUCAGAUAUUGAAUCCUUGGUCAUGCAAGGACUGUGCGGAGUUAUUUUCAAGGAAGCUAUUAAGGAUGCCCAGUCACAAAUUAAUAACUUGUACAGAAAGUACUUGCAUGAAAAUGAAAUUCGAGUUUCCCUUGAACUGAAAAAUGAAGAGGAAUCAAGAUUGAUGAUUGAAGAGAACAACAAUUUAAAAGACCAGGCAAGUUUGCUGCAAACAUUAGUUUCUGAGAGAAGCAAGGAAUUAGAUUUAACAAAGGGUGAGUUGGAAGAGGUGCUGGAGCAAAUUGAUGUUGAUAAGGUGGAAAUGAACAAAUUGAAUCAGAAGCUUGAACUAAAGACAAAUGAGUUUAGGGAAGCUGAUGAACAGAGAAAUUGGCUUAUGGCUGUUAUCCAGGAGAAGCAAAAUGCUAUAUUAUUGCUUGGAGUGAAAGAAAAUGAACAGAGUAAGCAAAUGCAAGAAAUAAUCGUUCUUGUCCAUGGACUUUCAAAAGCAUUUUCUGAUUUUGAACGUCAAGCAGCUGAGGGUAUCGAAAAGAAUAAUUUAAGGUUGGAAGAAUCAAGUUCUCAGUUGAGUUCUCUUAUCCAGAAAACCAAUAAGCUUAAAAGAACAGAGGUGCUGUACAAAAAGAAAUGUGCUGACCUUCAAUUGGCUGAAUCUGAGGUUGAUCUUCUAGGGGAUGAAGUUGAUGCACUUUUAAGCCUUCUUGAGAAAAUAUACAUAGCACUUGAUCAUUACUCUCCAAUUUUGCAACAUUAUCCUGGGAUUAUUGAGAUCCUGAAACUGGUCAGAAGAGAAUUAAGUGGAGAAUCUACUAAGCCUGUUUGAUCAUCUUUUGGACGAGAGGCAAGGUCACAUUGUUUCCUUUUGAAUUCCCGUUGAUAUCAUUGUGGACCAAUCAAUUGUGUUGGUGAAAACAACCAAGCAUGACUACUAUUGACACUUUUGUGAGAUUGUGCUAUAGAAGAGAAUCGAUGAAAGUGACUACUACAGACACUUUUGUGAGAUUGUGCUAUAUAAGAGAAUCGAUGAAAGUCCAAAUGUCUUUGACAAACUCCGCAAAUCCCUCAAGAAAGCUCUGUUUUUUUUGUUGUAUAAUACAUAAUUUCCAGAUACUUUUGUUUCAAACCAGAGGAUACAGUGGUUUAUUUCUUUAUUAUUGUUCUUAAUCAUAGUAUUUAGUUUUCUUAUAUAUAUAGGUCUGAAAUGUAAAUUUGCUUCUACUGCAGUAAAUUAGAGAGAGAGAGAGAGAGAGAGAGAGAGAGAGAGUGGGUUUAUGCAUAGCAAUUUGCUUGUAACCCUUUUGUUUCAAGUGUUCAUGUGAUUAUACCUUUUACUUGAUUCUCAUACCUACUACAGUGUUUGUAUUGGGAAUAAGAUGGCUGUGUUUGAAGUUCUA